GCCCGCUACAAGCCGCGCGAAUGUCAGCAUCGCUGGUGCAACAAUAUCUUGACUCGUGUUCAAGGAUGGGCCAUUCAAAGGGAGAUAAAUAUAGAUUACAACCCAGAUCGAAGUCAGGAUGUUAUAUCAACACCUCUUCCUCGGACCAAGCCUUGCGAAAUCCUGCUUGACCAAGCCCCUAUCCAUACCGGCAUAAAAACAUCAAAAUGGCUAGUCAAUCUUAUUCUUCAACUGCGAUCGAGUCUCACAACGCAACCUUCCAUACCUCUCUUGUCGCCGAGGAGCCAAAGGCUCAGCUCAAUUCCUAUAAGGGCUACGACAAUGUCCAUUGGUAUGUGGGCAAUGCAAAGCAAGCUGCUGCGUACUAUAUCACCCGGAUGGGCUUCAAGCGUGUCGCCUACCGAGGCCUUGAAACAGGAUCACGCUUCAUUGCGUCACAUGUUGUCCGGAAUGGCGAUAUCACCUUCGUGUUUACAUCACCCCUACAUGCUCCCAAUACCAAUGCACCGUGCUCAGAAGAAGACAAGGCUCUCCUAGAAGAGAUUCACAAUCACCUUGCAGCACACGGCGACGCUGUUUGCGAUGUGGCCUUCGAAGUGAACGAUGUUGAAGCGGUCUACAAUGCCGCGAUCGCGAAUGGGGCCAAGGAUGUCUUCUCGCCAAAGGAACUCACAGACGAAUUUGGCAAAGUCAAGCUUGCUCGGAUUCGCACUUAUGGCGACACCACUCACACUCUGAUCCAGAGAGCGGGUUAUCAAGGUCCGUUCCUGCCCGGCUUCCGCGCCGUCGACGAGGAAGACCCAACUGCGAAGUAUUUGCCCGUGGUGAAGCUUGACGUCGUUGAUCACUGUGUUGGUAACCAAGACUGGAAUGAGAUGGAAGCGGCAUGCGACUACUAUGAAAAGGCUCUUGGUUUCCACCGCUUCUGGUCUGUGGAUGACAAGGACAUUUGCACAGAUUACUCGGCGCUCAAAUCCAUCGUGAUGGCAUCUCCUGAUGAGAAAAUCAAGAUGCCCAUCAAUGAGCCAGCCACGGGCCUCAAGAAGUCACAGAUUGAGGAGUAUGUCGACUUUUAUGGAGGAGCAGGAGUCCAGCACAUCGCUCUGAAGACUGAUGACAUCGUUCGGGACGUGACCAACUUGGCCGAGAGAGGCGUUGAAUUCAUCAAGGUUCCCAACUCGUACUACGAGCUGAUGGAGAAGAGACUUUCUGCUGCCGGUUUUCAAAUCAAGCAAGACUUCCAGAGACUGAAAGAACUUGGCAUUCUCAUUGACUUUGAUGAGAACGGCUAUCUCCUACAACUCUUCACCAAACAUCUGAUGGAUCGACCAACGGUGUUCAUCGAGAUCAUUUACCGCAACAACUUCAGUGGCUUUGGGGCUGGAAAUUUCAAGAGUUUGUUCGAAGCCAUUGAGCGGGAACAGAUGGCAAGGGGCAAUCUGUAGUUCGUUUGUCAGCGUUUUUACAUUUUCAGCAUAUAUACUCGAGUUCUUCUCGUAGGACAACAAUGGGGUUAACGGACAAGAGAAUGAAAUACCAAAUAAUUAUAAGUACACCCUUUCUGAAAAUGGUAGGGCGACUACGCCAGAGAGGUCAGAGCAGCCGGACAAUGACUUGGCUCUUCGAGCACUACGCAAGAAGAUUGACUCAAGCUGCGUCAGGGAUGCAAGCGUCAACCGAUCUUCUUGUGGCUAGAAGAUCAGCGCCAAAGACCUGUUGCCAGUAAUAUUUAUCCUUCUUCUGUGCCAAACAGUAUGGGCAGAAUGCCAUAAACGAUUGUGGCUUUUCACAUCAAGUGGUUAUUAGUUAACUGCUUUCGGUAAUAAUUCCAUGGAUCCCCG